AAACACAACCAAAAAGUAAUAAUAAUGUUGAAAUCGAAAUCACAAAAUAAUAUUUGUGAGCAAGAAGCAAGAUUUGUACAAGAAAGAAUAACAAAAGUAGAAAAACAUUUCGCUGAUUUAUGUACUUCAUUCGCAGCAUAUGCAAGAAAAGCUGCAAGACUUCGAGAUAAAAAUGAUGAAUUAGCAAAAGUGAUUCAAAAUUAUGCUACGUCAGAGACUAUCAACCAAUCAUUAAGCCGUGGAUUACAUAAUUUUGGAGCAACGUUAUCGGUGAUUGGUGAUUAUAAAGAUGCAGAAGUUCAACGUAUCGAUUCAAAGAUAAUUUCAACACUGUCUCAGUAUUCAAUGAUAUGUAGACAUGCUCGUGAAGAUGUUAAAAACACUUUUUCAGCUCGAGAUAAAGAACUUGCCAGAAGAAAGCACAUUGAUAAGCUGCUACUGAAAAAACAAGGAAAGUCACAGACAUCGCAAGCGGAUUUGAAAUCAAUCUCAAAUACAGUCCAAGUACUGAAAGUUGUUAAAGGAUUAGAAGAACAGAUAGAUGCGUUUGAGAAACGUAAGCUGCAAGAUCUUAUAACAUUGUUACUAGAUUUCGUAAUGAUAGAGUUAAGUUUUCACACGAAAGCUGUUGAGCUUUUUACAAAAGCUUACCAAGAUAUUGCCGAAAUUGAUACAUUCAAGGAUUUGGAGAAAUUUCGAGAAAUUCUGAAUGCCUCGGAAACAUUUUCACGAUUUGAUACUGUUACGAGAACAUCUUUUCGUCAAUCGUAUUCGCUCACUGACUUAUCGAAUCACCAAACACCAUCACCAUUGCAGCUUAAAAAAAUGAACCGUGCUAACGAAUCAAUGGAUUCUUUGAAAGCAGCCGUCAUGAAGUCAUCCGAGUUAUCGCAAGUUAGCGAGUACGAUGAAAGUUCUGAUACAAGAGACACUGAAUCUGUUGAAGAUAUUGUAAAAUAA